CGGAGCGGACAUGUGCAGGCUGGGCUAGGAGCCGCCGCCUCCCCUCCGCCCAGCGAUGUAUUCAGCGCCCUCCGCCUGCACUUGCCUGUGUUUACACUUUCUGCUGCUGUGCUCCCAGGUCCAGGUGUUGGCAGCCGAGGAGAACGUGGACUUCCGCAUCCAUGUGGAGAACCAGACACGGGCUCGCGAUGAUGUGAGUCGUAAGCAGCUGCGCUUGUACCAGCUCUACAGCAGGACCAGCGGGAAGCACAUUCAAGUCUUGGGUCGUAGGAUCAGUGCCCGGGGCGAGGAUGGGGACAAGUAUGCCCAGCUCCUAGUGGAGACAGACACCUUUGGGAGCCAAGUCCGGAUCAAGGGCAAGGAGACAGAGUUCUACCUGUGUAUGAACCGAAAAGGAAAGCUUGUGGGGAAGCCUGAUGGUACUAGCAAGGAGUGUGUGUUCAUCGAGAAGGUUCUGGAAAACAACUACACAGCCCUGAUGUCAGCCAAAUACUCAGGCUGGUACGUGGGCUUCACCAAGAAGGGGCGGCCACGGAAGGGCCCCAAGACCCGGGAGAACCAGCAGGAUGUGCAUUUCAUGAAGCGCUACCCUAAGGGGCAGGCUGAGCUGCAGAAGCCCUUCAAGUAUACCACAGUAACCAAGCGUUCCCGGAGGAUCCGCCCCACACACCCCGGCUAGGCCCCGUGCCACAGGGGCCCUGCCACUUACUCCCAGAGAACUGCAUCAGAGGACUAUUUUUACAUGAAUAAUAAGGAGAAGCUCUAUUUUUGUACAUUGUGUUUAAAAGAAGACAAAAACUGAACCUAGACUCUUGGGGGGGGGCAAUAGGAUUUCACUGUUGGCUUGAACCCCCAUGACAAAGGACUCACACAAGGGGACUGUCAACCCACAGGUGUUUGCCUCUCUCUAGGGGUGACAAUUCAAAACUCAUUCAUAGAGGAGGACUUGAAUGAGGAAACCAUCACUUUGAGAAACCAAAGUCCUUUUUCCCAAAGGUUCUGAAAG